GACGCUGUGGUUUGAAUGAUAAGGAUUUUGCUGCUCUGACAUCAGCUUGGAAUUCAUCACUCCUGAAACAGCUGUACCUGAGUGGAAAUACACUUGGAGGCAAAGGAGUUGAAAACCUCUGCGCUCAAAUAAGAAAUUCUCAAACCAAGCUGAAAACACUAGAGCUGUGUGAAUGCAGUAUUACAGAGUAACAGUGUCGCAUGCUGACAUCAGCUCUGCGUUCAAACCCUUCAUACCUGAGAGAGCUGGAGCUCAGUGGCAAUGAUGUAAAAAACGAAGGACUGAAGAACUUAUGUCUUCUACUAAAUGAUCCAAACUUCAAACUGGAGAAGUUGGGUCUAAAUAAAUGUAUCAUUACAGAUGUUGGCUCUUUGGUUAGUAAUGCAGUGUUGAAUUUAAAGGAACUUGAUCUAAGUAACAAUAAAAUAGGAGACUCAUCAAAGAAGAAGCUCUCUGAAAUGCUAAAAGGAUCAAGCUGUACCCUAAGACUAGACAGUGAAAAUGUGAUCAGUGGGACAUGGAAAUGGGUUAAAUCCUUCUUUAAAGCUGAUGAUAACAAAUCAGCAGGACUUGAGCCUGACGAUGAGACAAGCCUAAACGAAGGAGCCAAAAAGGAGGAAAACAUUCUGCCUUUGAAUAGUGAAACAGAGGAAUUAGACCCUGGGCGAAGCACAGAUGCACGUGGGUCAGAAGUAGAUUGAGUACAUGGCCUGCAAAUAUCCUGCGGAUUUGUUGGAAUGAAACAAAGGCAGCCAAGAAACUGAAUUUCUUAAAAGCAACCAUAUAAUCUGGUCAUUUAUGUUGGUAAUACAGAAAUUGGUGUGUUUUAUGAUUUUCUUAUCUUACUCAUUUUUUAUAUACAUUUUAUUUUAUUCACUUGUUGUACAUGGAAGUAAAAAAGUUUAAAUGUUUUCAAUAAUAUCACUCAACAAUAAAUGCAAUGGAGUAAAGUUCCACUGUCUUUGCUUGGUGCAAUAAUAGUCAUUCGGUGUUGCUGAGCAGAUGAUAUUGAGAAUGAUUAUUCAGUAAACAUACUGUAUCUUGUUAUCUCAGUCUCCUGCUGUUCUCCACCGGCUCUCACUAAAUCCUUGGUGUUUCGAGUCUGACGUCAUCACGCAACAGUGUU